GGAGCGGUUAGAGGUGAAAGGUCAAAGCCUGGGUUUGGAUGAUCAAGCGGGUUGCGGACUAGUAAAGCACACAUUAACUUUUGUUCGUAUUCGCUUGUUCUGUAUGCAGCUGAAUUGCUGAUAAACAAGCUAACGCAUAUUUAAGUGUGUAUUCGGUGUAAUGGCUGAGAGACCAGAGGACCUCAAUCUUCCCAAUGCUGUCAUCACGCGCAUUAUAAAGGAGGCAUUGCCAGACGGAGUUAACGUGUCCAAGGAAGCGAGAAGAGCGAUAUCUCAAGCAGCCAGUAUUUUCGUUCUCUAUGCAACAUCCUGCGCAAAUAAUUUUGCUAUGAAAGCAAAAAGGAAGACUCUGAACGCUGGAGAUGUGAUGUCCGCUGUGGAGGAGAUGGAGUUUGAGCGCUUCUUACAACCCCUGAGGGAAGCUCUUGAAGCUUACAAAAAAGGUCAGAAAGGCAAGAAGGAGGCAACUGAGCAAAAACGCAAGGAUAAGGAGAAGCAAAACACGGAUGAGAAUGACAAGAGUAGAGAUGAAGAGGAGGAUGAGCAGGAGGGAGAGAAUGAAGGAGAGGAAGAGGAUGUGGAGAAUUGAGAGGAAACAGGAUUAUUUAAUUGUUCAAUCCGUCCUGGUUUCCAUCAACUAUGGCAAAUGGCAGUUUCCACAUUAAUAGUGCGACAAAGACAAGACUAUGGUUCUGAAUGUGUAUUACUUAAUGAAAUUGAGCAGCUGUGCAAAAAUAACUGUGGCAACAUUCCUGCUGAGAGCUCAUUUGAAUACAGUAUGGUAUAUUUCAAGAGAAACUGUAAAAGGUCUCUUCCAAAUUCACUUUAAUCAGUUUGAUACAACACUGUAGUGGCUAUAGGAUUGAAGCAAGUAAAUGGUACUGUUCCCUGGUCAAGAAAUGGGGGGGGGGAGGGUGAAAGAUGUUGAUUUAGGAUGACAAAUAAGAUGUGGGCAGCUUAAAGUACUCAUUUCAUAAUGUUCAGCUGUUAUUAAACUUUUUAUACUAAGCCAGUUUUUGUAUAACUCAGGAAUAUUUGACUAGAUGUAAGCGAUUUUUUUUUUUUUUUUUUCAAAUAAAUAGCUUUAAUGGUU